AUGAAGGAGGUAGUACGGAUGGUGCCAACCAAAAGCCAAGCUCCGGCAUCGAGCCACAAAGUGAACGUGGGGUUAGCCUGUGCCGGAAAAGCGAGUUGGAGUGCGGAAUACAGGAGCAGCCAGCAGGUUCAACGUAAAACAAGGCUGUCAUCAUAA